AUGAAAUCUCAUGAUAGUUCAAGUCCUUCGGCUCCAAAUGAUAAUGUCACUCCUUCAAAUGUUAGUGAGUCUCAAGCUCCUUCAAAUGCUAGCGUCUCUCCGACUCCUCCCAGUGUUACUGUGACUCCUUUAAAUGCUAGUGUGUCUCCGUCUCCUCCAAAUGUUACUGUGACUCCUUCAAAUGCUAAUGUAUCUUCUACUCGAAGUGUCCCAUUAGAGGAAAAAGAAUUGAUUUAUGAUGUUGAAAAACUUAAACAUGAUCCUGCAAAAAGAGACAGUAUAAUGAAAUAUCCUCCAAAUGAGCGAGAUGCAUUCAGGAGAGCAUAUAUUCUUAAAAAGCCUUAUAAUGCCACCGAGGUGACUAUAAGAGAGUAUGACAUUCGUUUGAAGGCUUCAAUUUCAUGUUUGCGUUAUCUACUGCGGCAAGGUUUGGGCUUUCGUGGACAUAGAGAAAAUAGUGAAUCCCUUAACAGAGGAAAUUUCCUUGAACUUCUGAAAUGGUUAAGGACACACAAUGAAGUUGUUUCAAAGGUGCCUUUGGAAAAUGCUCCCAGAAAUUGUCAAUUGAUAUCUCCAACUAUUCAAAAGGAUAUUAUCAAUUGUUGUGCUAAAGAAACAACUAAGCAAAUUGUGGAUAAACUAGGUGUUGACUAUUUUGCUAUAUUAGCCGAAGAAUCAAGUGAUGUGUCCCAAAAGGAACAAUUAUCUCUUUGCCUACGCUAUGUUCAAAGAAAAACGGGACUAGUAGUGGAACGAUUCAUUGGUCUUGCUCAUGUUGGUGAUACCACAGCUUUGUCUCUUAGAAGUGCAAUUAUAUCAUUGCUUAUGGAACAUUCAUUGAGUCCAUCUAAGAUUCGAGGACAAGGAUAUGAUGGGACUAGUAACAUGAAGGGUGAGAUACACGGACUGAAGACUUUGAUUAUGGAAGAUACUCCAAGUGCUUACUACGUCCACUGCUUCGCCCACCAACUUCAACUGACUCUAGUAGCCAUUGUCAAAAAGAAUGAUGAAUGUGCUUGGCUUUUUGAUACGGGUGCAAUGUUGUUGAAUGUUGUUGGAGUUUCUUGCAAGAGAAGGGAAUUGAUUCGCGAAAUUCAAGCACAAAAACUUGCUCAAGCGUUGGAAGUUGACGAACUUGAAAUAGGGUUUGGGUUAAAUCAAGAACUUGGUUUGAAGAGGCCCGGAGACACUCGUUGGAGUUCUCACUACAAAACUCUUUUGAAUGUCAUGGACCUAUUUUCUACAAUUUUUAAGGUUCUUAUGAUUAUUGGGAAGGAUGGCUCUAAAUCGGAGGAUAAGUGCAAAGCUCAGGGCAUUUUUUACUCAAUGGAGUAA